UUGAUUCGUGAUUUAUUAAUUUACAGAUUGUUUAGAGUAACAUGGACUUUGGAGAACCUGUGAUCCAAGGAAAUUUAUCGCAAUUGAUCAUGGAUAGAUACCAGAGAAAUUCAUUAGACUCUUCUCAGAUGUUCGACAAUAUAAAGCGGAGAAGUAGUUCCCGGUCGAUUAAGCGGCGCAAGUUCGAUGAUGAGUUAGUGGAGUCGAGCUUAAAUGUUGGUAGCACUGCCAGUCUCAGCGGUAAGGUGCCCCGGACCCGCACCCCCUCCAUGUCUGUGGCAUCCACCUCCUCAGGUGACUAUGUCAGCAGUGCCAGCACCAUGUCGGCACACAUGGCGGCCCCUGCACCGGGACCGGCAGGGGACAAGUCACGCCGAUCCAGCAAGCCAGGAAACAGGCGCAGUCGUAAGGUGAAGCAGCCACAUGGCGCUGCCACCAAGGACCUGGGUCGGUGGAAGCCCACUGAUGACUUGGCACUAGUCAUCGGUGUUCAACAGACUAAUGAUCUGCGCAUGGUACACCGAGGGGUGAAGUUCUCCUGCCGCUUCACCAUACAGGAGGUGCAGCAGCGUUGGUAUGCUCUGUUGUAUGAUCCCGUCAUAUCUCGUCUGGCUGUUGCAUCCAUGCGCAACCUCCAUCCAGAGGUCAUAGCUAGUGUUGAGAGCAAGGCGCUCUACAGCAAGCAAGAGGAGGAAUUGCUCGCUACCAUCAAACCUAAUGCUGCACCGACUCUAGAGACGUUCCAGGAACUGCUCCAGAGCAAUCCGCAUGUAUUCUUCUCUGCUCGGACGCCCAAGGCAUUAAUGAACCAUUGGCACCUCAUGAAACAUUACUACCUUUUACCCGACCAGACUGUUCAGCCUCUACCUCGCGAAGAUGCCACUGUCCUCACGUUCUCCGAUGCUGAGGAGACAAUCAAUGACUCGGAGCUGGCAGAUGCAAGGGAUGUGGCUCUGGAACAGGAGUUGAGCCUUGCAGACCGGCGGGCCAAGAAGGAAAUCCGGACGCUGGAGAAUGAGAUGGGCCGAUGGCAGGUGCUGGUGGACUCUGUUACUGGCAUCAGCCCCCUGGACUUCGACAAUCAGACUCUCGCUGUGCUCAAGGGACGACUUGUGCGGUACUUGAUGCGCUCCAGAGAGGUUUGUACUUUACAUAAUUUAUUAGCUGGUGACGUGCUGUUAACUGUUAAACUAAUUUUUAACUCAUAUUUAGUCAAAUUGCAUUAUUUGUUUCUAUUCUGUUUUAAUGUGAUUGUUGAGUUUAGCUCCAGUUCACUUUCCACUUAGUGCCGAAGUGACCUG